CUGGUUACUGUGGUGCUGCGCCGCACCCCACCCGCUGCUCUAGCGCUUCGGGUCCUGGCGCUGACCCCGGCUGCGGGCGGGCCCCUCCCGGCGGCACGGGGACCGCUGCCGGGCCCGGCCCCGGCCCCUCGGACCCCGCCUGGCGGAGCGCGCCGGGAGCCGCUCUCCGCGGCUCACCCUCUCCCGCCAGCCCCCAGGCGCCACCGGAGACGAAACUGGGCUGCGCUGUUCAAGGCUAUUCAGUAACAGCCUUGGUCAUAAACGAUUAACUGCACGCCCGGGGAACAGCGAGCCGGGUGUUUCCGAGCGCAGCCGUUCAUCCCCGGCUGUCUUCGCGGCCAGGCGCGCUGAGCCAGCGCUGGUUUUGUGGGAGAUACAAUCCAUUGGAGAAAAUAGAAAAAUAAGGGCAGAAACUGGAGUCGCUCACUGACAGUAUUCUCACCUGAAGAGAGAUGGCAGAAAUCAAUUCUCCUGUAAAUAUCAAGGAAAAGAUCAAUGCAAUCCGAUCAAUUGUUCCGAACAAAAGCAAUAAUGAGAUAGUUCUGGUGUUACAGCAGUUUGAUAACAAUGUAGACAAGGCUGUUCAAGCUUUCAUGGAUGGCAGCGCAACUCAGGUUCUAAAGGAAUGGAAUAUGACAGGGAAAAAGAAGAACAAUAGGAGAAAAAGAAGCAAAUCUAAACAGCACCAGGGCAAUAAAGAUCCUAAAAAUAAGAAUGGUGGACCUGAGAAGGCAUCUCAAGAGCCCCAGGGAGUAUGUGGCUGCCAUCUGAAUGGAUGCUCUAAGGACAACUCCUGCAGUGGUUCUGCAAAUCAGAAACUGGAAGCCUCUUCUCUUGAGAACAAAGGCUCAGGAUUUGUAGAGUCAGCGCCGAUCUAUCCAGAAAUCAGAGACAAAGAACGAGAACACCAGAGAGUAUCUGUGGAAUUAAACCCAAAGAUUAUGAAUGGAGUAGAACAGCGUGAGUCUCUUCAGUCAUCAGUUCAACUUCAGUGUAACCUAGGCAGGCCAAAGUCAAAAUCUUCCUCAGUUAAAUCAUCGAAUGCUACAAACCAACUUGAAACAAAGACAGAUGAUUCAGUCAAAAAAAGAGGGCCAAACAUUGAAAAAUCAGUAAAAGACUUGCAGCGUUGCACUGUUUCUCUAACCAGAUAUCGUAUGAUGAUCAAAGAGGAAGUGGAUAACUCAGUGAAGAAGAUCAAAGCUGCUUUUGCAGAAUUACACAGCUGCAUCGUAGACAAAGAAGUAUCAUUAAUGGCAGAAAUUGAUAAAGUUAAAGAAGAAGCCAUGGAAAUCCUGACCGCUCGGCAGAAGAAAGCUGAGGAGCUGAAGAGACUGACAGACCUAGCCAGUCAGAUGGCUGAAGCACAACUGUCUGAACUCAGGGCUGAAAUUAAGCACUUUGUGAGUGAACGGAAAUAUGAUGAAGAGCUGGGCAGGUCUGCCCGAUUUUCCUGUGAUACAGAACAGCUGAAGACCCAGAUCCAGCUCUGUGGAGAAAUUUCUCACCCAAAGAACAACUAUUCCUCAAGAACACCAUGUAGUUCAGUGCUGUCUUCAAUGACCUCGCAUGCAACAACUGGCAAGCAAAAUACGCACACCCGAAAGUCCUCUAGUAAUGCCAAGAACUCUGAUAACAAAACAGCCAGCACUAAAGCACAAGGUCAUCUUUCUUCCAAUCCAACAGAAUCUUCUUCCCAAGGAAUCCCAACAAAUAAGCAGAACGGGCCUUCUAGCCAGAGGCGAAGAUUCAACCCACAGCACCAAAACAUCCGGCUCAAUGGAUCUCUUAAGUCACAAGGUGCCAGUAAUGAGGCAGAUCAAAAUAAUAUAAAGAGUGGCUCCAGGUCUGAACACAGAAGACAGCAGCAUAACAGCUUCAGAUCUAAAAAUAAAGGAGCUAUGAAAAACCAAGAGCAGUCCACAGCUACAAGGACCACAGAGAAUCCGACACAUUCAGAAAAGACCCGACGAAAGCAUCACACACCAGACACCGCAGAUCACAGGCCUUUCCAAGGCAGCGUCGGCAGGGUGUCGCAAUGCAAUUUAUGUCCUGCGAGGAUGGAGGUCUCUGCUGACACCACUGUUCUUUCAGUGCCAGCUGUGACUUUAGUGGCUUAAAAUGUCACAGCGACAGCAGGCAGAGAAAUCUUAAUCUCUUCAUUUUAGUUUCUUGCUUGAGAUGCUUGUUGGUGAAGAAAAUAAGUCAGAACAUAGUCAUUUUAAAUCUGUUGCUGCUUAAAACUUGUUGGUAUCUUUAUUACUAACUAAUUAUCAAAAUUAAUUCAUACUUUCAAGGCUUUGCCCAAUAUGUUCACGGUUAUUUUGUCAUGACAAUACAGAAUCUUACCAAAGCAGCUUUUACUUCUUAGAAAAACGAAAUCUAGAUUGGAAAAAUAAAUCUAUAAUUAAAUUCAUAAUAGCAAAAACCUGUUGUAGAUGUGUGGCUAUACCAGUCAACAUAUUGUUUUUUAGAGCAGCCUGUGUUAGAAGGAUCCCAGGAAGUCUGUAUGCUGUGAUCUGCAAUGAAAUCAGAUAAUCUUGUAGAAUUUUAAGCAAAUCUCUAUACACGUCUUUCUGUGCGUGUAUACAUGUACAUGCAUGCACACUGUAUACGCAGAGAGUAUUGUUAUAUACAAGAACAUUUGAAAAAGCAGUACAUUCGAUUUUAGCUUAUUAUUGCAUAAUCUGAGAUCUUUAAAUUCAAGUAUAAAUUGUAUUAAAUGUAUUACAUAUUGGUAUUUUUCAUUGACAAACUAUUUUUAUGAGGCUGAGGAAAAAUGCUCAUUUCUUAAGUUCUGAAUGUAUAUAGUCAUGGCACAGCCCUGUUCUCCAUCCUUAUCAGCCACUUUUCUAUGACUAGUUGGAUUUAUUUUUUUGCAUAUGAAAAGUUGCAGGUGUUCUAGACUUGAAUCCAAAUUAUUUUUCUAUAUUUUUGCUGUAGGAACCAUCUGUCCAUAACAAGAGCUAUGACUAAUAAAUUUGUUACCGCAACACGCAGCAGAAUGUGGAGGUACAUAUUUGAGCAGAUACUACAUCCUUCUGAAUUUUCUAUUAAAAUAAAAAUCUUACUUAGUCUUAAUGUUCUGAUUCUGUAUUUCAGAAAACCUGUUUCUUCAAAAAUAUUAAAAUCUUCUUUCUAAAAUAUUCUGGUGUUUGCUGCUUUGCAGUGCCUAACCUUUGUGAUCUUAUUCAAAUUGUAUUUGCUUAAUUCAACAGGUAUCAGUGGGAGGCUUUCAGCUGAGUUUGGAUUGGAGCAGGCUUUUGGCUUUAGCUAGAUUCUAAUGCCACAAUUGCACAGAAGAGAACCUUCCCGGGAGAGCCGCCUCCAUCUUGGACAUAUUUUAAUAUAAAUUAUUAUUUAACAUAGAAAGGUGUCAGAAUCCAGACCUGGCAGCAAGUGAACUAGUGGUCUAAGUGUCAGAACCAGAAAGGUGGAAAAGGUCAGUAAGACUGACCUCCCACUGAGGUCAGUAAGAGCAGGACACUUGAGUAUCUUUAAAAGUUUAUUGUUAGGGUAUUGUUUGCUAUUGCUUUUUACCGGUUUCCUCUGCCUAAUUUCUCUUAGCUGACUGCACACUUUCUUAGUAGGGACUGGUUUACUUUUCCUCUAUGGCCCUUGAAAAAUAAUCUCAAAGUGUACAGCGAAGUGCAUUCCUUAUGGGUGAUUUUGAUUAUUUUUAUUUCUCUUGUUAUCUGUAUACAGUUUUUUAUCCAUGAAUAUUGGUAAAAUCGGAUUCUAAAAGGCAAAUAACUCAUCUUCAUCUGGAAGAGUGGUGAAAGAAAAAUAAACAUAGGUAAACACGCAUAGGUAAACACUGGCUUUCUUAGCAUCACAAGCACUGCUCCUAUCCUAGUUAAUUACCUAUCAGACUUUUAAGCUGAAUGUGUUAAAUAAAUGGAACUGAAAUAUCAGAAUCUGUGUUUGCACCGCAAUCGGGCAGCUUUUCAAACUUGUAUCUGCUGCCUUACAGUUUGACCUGUAAUCUCACUGUAAGACAUGUAAUUAUAAUUUCCAUGCAGAUAUUACACAGGAAUCUUACUAUAUUGUCCUUACAUAAUUCGUGAAAUUUAUUUAUGUCUCUUCUUGUAACACCUCCUAAAAAAAAAAAAAAACAAACAAACCAAAACUAAAAUCUAACUGACCUGUAAUGACUUUUACUCCUUUUAGCUUCUCCACUUGAUAGGAUUAUUGAAAGUUAUUUUAUUUCAUAAGUCAGCUUCUCACAAGCAAGCUUCUGCAGAUAAAUAAAAUCUGUAAUGUAAGUCACAACUCCGCACAACAGGACUGCCUUGCACUCUUCAGUACAGCUAACCUUUGAUGUGCUGGAGGCUCAGUAUGUGACAGACCCAGGACUAGCAGGUGAGAGACAGCAUUUCUCUUCAGACUGUGAUGCAAACACAUUGUCUUUGAGAGAUGCAAGCAUGGAUUUGGUUGGGCUGGAGAGCUGGUUGCUUCUGGGAAAGCUGCAGUCUUGGCACACCAAGCGUGGUUUAGUAUUGCAGUACACAUUUUGUAGCUGUGUCACAAUGGUAUCUCUUCAUCUUUCAUUGCUUGUGUCUCUGUGCUGGGAAUUAUGUCUGCCACUUUCUUGCAGUGUUUUACUGUUCACAAGAAUUGUAAGUAAUUGAAUGCUCUUGGGGCCAUCUUCAACAGAACUCUCUUUAUCUUGCAAGCACAGAGCUAGCUACACAUGACACUCCUUUUAAUGUAAAGGAUUUGUACAUGGGGCGGUGAGGGAAGUAAGGGCAGGACAAGGCUUGACUUUCAGGCCAGCCAUCCUUUUUUUUUAAAAAGCGCCCUCAAUUUGCAAAGCAAAUACAGCUGUUUGGCAUCACUCAAACACAAACAUGGAAUUCCCACUGCACUUUGUACUGUCUUUCAAAAGUGGAAACACACCUUAAAGGCAAUAUUUUAAAGCAAGUUGGGUCUGUUUAUCUUCUGUGUAAGAUUAAACUAAAAGUAAGGUCGGAACUCAGCAAAAUAAAGGACAAAUUUGCAGUUGGAAAACCAAAAAGAGAAGGCAACUUAACACAGCCAAGCUAAUUGGAAAACUUACAUUAUUUAGGUAUAUUUGGAAAAAAAUGUUUAAAAAAACCUCACUUAAUGUGUUUGAAAAUGUCACCCUGAAACUAAUAAUUCUGGAAGGGAAACCUUGAUCUUGUAGCUCUUUCCUGCACCCUGUUGUUGUAGGGUAACACCUGCUCUGAGCUUGUGUGAAUGGCAGUUCUUACUGUGAGCCUGUUUACCCACGAGGUGACUGGGCUGCACCAGGGUUUUAUAAAUGAGCUACAUCCUUCAUAUACUUGUGACUGCAGCAGAGGUACUAUGGGAUCCAGAGGUCUCGAGUUCCAGUACCACUGCCAAUUACCCAUGUGAGGAUGUAAUAGAAAUUUGCCAGAAAUUGGAGACAAUACAGCUAUUUUAUUAUGGCAAACUACUAAAACAAACUGUACUAAAAUGUUCAUGUAUGUGGUAUCAGAAACUUGAAUGAGCGAAAAGAUACCUGUAUAGGAAAGGGGCAGCUUUGAAAAGGGACAAGUCCUUGAUGCAAACUGGGCACACUACACAGCGAAUUGCAUCACCCUAUGAAUUUGCAAAGUAAUUUUCAGCCAAGACUGAUCAAUUCCAGUAUAAGCAGCCAGAUUUUUUUUUUUUUUUUUUUUGGCAAGAAGAAAAUUCUGUAAGAAGAGAUACCCAAAAAGCUCAGAAAGCAGCAAACAUCUGUAAUAUCAGCAUUACCUGUUUCUACUGCUUAAUGGUUUUUAUUAAAAACUGUUGCCCAAAAUUAAUCUAGGUUUUUGUGGGGCUUUAUUACUACAGAGUAUUUACAGAGUUUUACCUCUAACCAUGCUUUGUAACUGCAGCUAAGGGACAGACAGCUUCACUCCCAAGUUUUUGAUGGCACAACUGGCCUCCUGGUUUUAUCAGGGGAGAAUUUGUCCUUCAUGAAUUGGGAAGAACUAGGAAGAUGAGAUCUGCUUACUCCUGGGUAAUGUUAGUAUUUCUUUUUAGCCAUAGUAAGAUUUGAACUACAUAAUGUUUAUUACCGAAGCAAUUUAAUGUAAGCCGGUUUAAAAGAGUACUUUUCUGCUCUGGAAGAGCUGGUAGGGAAAUAAGUGGAACCGUUUGAAAGAAAAAAAGAUGUAGCUUUAGUAUUUCCAUGGCUGUUCAGCUACAAACAAGGCUGAUGAAAACUCUCCCUAAGGAUCAGUGGUACCAUGUGCCUGUCACGUGAAAUAACAUCUGCUUGCUUACGUCGAGUACAAAUGAGUUCUCCAUACUCUGAAGCAGAGAGAAUUACAUCUGUUUGAAUCGCAUCUUGGUGAUAAUAGGCCCUCUGCAUCACAAGCCCAUGUGUAGUCACAGAGGAGUAUUUUUCUAGAAAUUUAACUUGGAAUUCUAUUUUUCUUGUCUCUUUAACCCAUACGAUGCCGUAUCAUUGGUGGUUUGGAAAGAUGGUAGUGUGAAAGUGAGAAGUAAACAACUGGAAAACGGACAGCAUUUGUGAGAAAAAAAUUUAUGCAUCAAACUACACUGGUGAUACAUCUGUCAGCCUGCUGACUGCACCUAUUAGAUACUAGUAAUCAUUAGAUUACUAAAUUGGAGUAACUUUCUGAAUGUGGUCUUUCCUGAACAUGAUCUCUUCUAUGAUGUAUGAUAAUUUUUCAAAGAUUCAAAGUAAACCAUUGUUACAACACUUGGCAAUGCGUCUAAUCCCACCUAUAAAACUGUAGCUCACCCUCAGUGGUUCCCCAGUCAAACUAUCCGGUAUGUACGUAUGGUGUAUCACAGUUUAUCGGUGCAAAUGCAGUACAAGCUGGUACUUUGUUUGUUAAGUCAGAGAAGUGAAAUGCUAAGAAAACUGCAGAGACUUUAAAGAAAGUUGGGAAGAUAAGAGUUUUGAGGAAAUUUCAACCUGCAUGAAACUCAAGACUUGCAGAAUUUCUGCUCCUGGUUCCAGGCCUCAAAAACCAGUGUCUAUUAACAAGGUUGAGGGAUGACUUGUCCUUGCACUGGCAAGUUCCAUUUGUUUUCACCUACUGGCCUCACAGAGAGGCCAAUUUUUACUUGGAAGAAAAAUUUUAUUUUACUUCCACAUUUUAAAAGGCGCUGGGUAGAUAAACAAGUAGAAGAUAAGUAUUAAAAACUGCUUUUCAGUCAGAUUAUUAUGGAAGAUAAAUUUCACAGACUUAGUAUCAAUGAUGAAUUGCAUGUCCAAAGAACAGGAGAUUACAUUAUGUUAGUAUCCUCCUAUAAUUUUUGCCUGCUCCUUUCUUCAGUGAAACUUUUUAUUGUUGGGAUAGGAGGAGCCUUGGGAUUGUUGCUCUUUAGGUUUAUUUUUUAAGAAAAACCACUAGUUUAAAGAUGCUAAAAGUAAGCUGGUCUUCAAUAUACAUACCAAUAGCAGAAAAUUACAGUACUGUACACAUUUACAGUGACUACUGUUCAUGGCAAAGUGUCUCCUUAAAAAUAUGUUAGUACAUGAAAAAUUGGGGUCUUCACUUGUGCAAAUGUUUCAAGUCCUUGCGGUUAGGAGAAAAGCAUGAAAAUGUGAUUGCCUCUAAAUGAUCUAGAAAAUAAAACAUUUAAAGAACCCUUCUGUAAUUCUAAUAGUCUCAGGAAUUUUAAGAACGUUGCAUUUUGGCAAUGUGAUAGGAUUUCUCAGCAUUUAGGGACAGGUAUGUUUACUGUGCUGGAAAAGCAAGAGCAGUAUCAAAACAAAAACCCCAGCACCCAACUGUAAGCAUGCAAAGGCACAAAACAAAGCCAGGCUUCAUUCACUGAUUUAAACAACUAAAAGGCCUUUUUAAAAUCAGUGAGCCAAAUUUGGCUUUCCUCUGCUGAUAGAAACAUACAGCAGCUCUUCACUUUAGUAUCACUACUCAAAAUUACCCUGGUACAAGAAGGUCUCCUCUGUCCUGCUCUGGGGGAAGGAGGGGUUAUUUUAUCGAUCUUCAAAUCGGGGCACCUCUGUUAACACUGUUUUGCUGCACGGAAGUUGACGUUGUCCCCUCCUCAUUUGAAAGAACCUGCAGAAGGACACGAGAAGGGCAGCUGUAACCCAGAGCUGUGAGGUUCCCUGCAGCUGCAGGAAACGCCCCGCAGUGCUGCGAUACAGAAUGGCAAGGCUGCCCCAUCUGCCCGCAGCAGUCUCCCAACGGCAGAUCACGCCACGUCAGGAAAAUAGUACACCUGUGUCUUAGGUCUAUGGAAAAACUUGCCUUGUUACUCCCUAGGCACACUCUUCCUUUCCUUUAGUGCUGAGUUUUCUCACUGUCUACAACCAAAGGUGGUUCCUUUAAUUGCUAUUAAUAACAAAAGGGUGACUUAUCCUCACCAUAAUUACCAGGAAGUGCAUUCAACUUCCUGAAUCUUCACAGUACUCAGUAUAUUGCACACUUGUGGCAAGCUUGUAUCUAAUAAAAGAUACUUAUUGUUACCUAUUUUCCCUCACUUUAAAUAUGCAGAUAAAGGAACCUCUAGUAAAUGU